UAGAGAACGCGAAAUUAAUACCAAUUGUUGAGAAAGCUGUGAAUGCUACUACUUGGCCUGCAAAUCUCCACAAGUCAAACUUUCCUGAACCUGAAGAUAUAUACUCUGCCGUGAAGCCAUCGCAGAGGAGGGGAGGAGAAGGAUAUUUGUUCGGCGGGGUGAUGUCUCUGAUGAUGGGGUUAAUGACAGUGGUGAGGCUAACGAAGAACAUGCCAAGGAAGCUCACUGAGGCAGCCAUUUACGGCGGUAACGGGGAGAAAACAGAGACUACAAUGAUGUCAAGCCAAGAGUAUAUGUCGAUGGUGAAGAGAAUGGCUGAGCUGGAGGAGAAAUGCAGGUCUUUGGACAACCAGCCUGCGUCUUUCUCGCCUGAGAAAGAACAGAUCCUCACCGCCGCUCUCAGCCGCGUCGACGAGCUUGAGGUUCAGUUGGCUCAGACCAAAAAGACACUGGACGAAGCCAUGGCUACGCAGCAUGAGAUAAUGGCUUAUAUCGAGAAGAAGAAAAAGAAGAAGAAGUUCUUUGGAUUCUGAAAGACUUGAUGAUGCCUCAAGACUUUUGAAGAAACCUGGAAAUAUAUAAAUCCAUAUUUAUUAUAUAUAUAUACAAAUAUAAAUAUAUCCGUGAAGAGUAUAUAAAGAUGAUAAAAAAAAAUGUGGAGAUAUGCUUUCUGUAAAUGUUUUGUUGUUUUGUCUCUUGGAAAAAUCUGAAAGCUUAUGUUUUUACCACUCAUCAUUCUUUCACACCUAAUUGUAACUACUAAAAAACAAAAAUAUCUAUGUUAUAAAAAAAGUACACAAUUAUUAUAUAUAAAGUUAUUGUUCAUAUUAUAUAUACCCACAAAUCAACAAUGUUGUAAACCAACUUAGGAAUUGCAAA